AUGUUGGAAGCUUUAGAAGCCAGACUCCAAGUGCCAGACAUCCGCCGUGAGAGGUGUGCGGCUGCGGAUACUGUAGAUGUGGAAGAUGUUCCUGUGCAUUUACGUCAUGCUGGGGUCCACCCUGUACUGCCUUUCGGCGGAAGCUACAAGAAGAUCGGCUACUAUGACAGCACCAAGGAUGACCUUUCCUGGUCCAAAACGGACAAGUGGAUUGGAGGGGCCCCCCCGGCUGACCAGACCCUGGUCAUCAAGACAUUUCGCUUCAUGUCCCAGAAACUCUUCAUCUCCGUCUCUGUUCUGUCCAGCCUGGGCAUUGUCCUGGCUGUGGUCUGUCUGUCUUUUAACAUCUACAACUCUCAUGUCCGGUAAGUUUCCUUCCUGACACUUUC